AUGGGCCGCAAGAGGCAUACUGUUGGCAGUGUGUUCCGAAACAGGUCAGAUAAAUCGUCUCGAUCCUCAGGCACUUCUUCUUCUUCUUCGUCUUCAUCAAAAUCCAGUAUAAAGCCCAUACCAUGGAUUGAACAAAAUAUUGUAUGCUUGGAAUGUGCUAAAUUUGUUUUUGCUCGUCACUCAAAAUCCAAUCCAUGUUGCAGUUGCGGUCUUACAUUCAGUGAACAUCCAUCCAAUGUACAAAUAGAGGCUUUAACACAGCAGAAUUUAAAUUUACAACCUGAUAUUUUUAUCAAUGGUGAUUAUCACUUAAAACCAACUAAUAAUGAACGCUGGCAUGUUAAAACCCACACUCAAGAAAUGCCAACAAAUGCUUAUGGCACGGUGGAAUUUCAAGGCGGUCCACAUCCAACGAAAGCUCGGUAUGUGAGAUUACAUUAUGAAACCUGUCCUGAGCUAGUACUGCAUUUAUUACUUCAUGAAUGGAAAAUACGUGUGCCGAAUUUAGUCAUUUCAAUUGUCGGUGGAUUAGCCAAUGCUCCAUUACAAGCAAAAUUACAGCAAGUUGUAAAACAUGGUAUAUUGAGAGCAGCUAAAACAACUGGUGCUUGGAUUGUUACAAAUGGAUUAGAUAUUGGUGUAACUCGACAUAUUGGUGAAGCAUUAAAAGAUGAAGUGCAUAUUCGUGGUUCUAAUAUUGUUGCACUUGGUAUAGCACCAUGGGGUUAUGUACAACAUCGUGAAACACUUGUUGGUUUAGACAAUACUUGUUCCUAUUAUUCACAAGGAUGGAGACCUGGCCGUCAAGAAGCCCCACUUAAUCCUGAUCAUAACUACUUUUUAUUAGCAGAUAAUGGAACAUCAGGUAAAUUUGGUGGGGAGCUGGGUCUUCGUCGACGUUUAGAACAGUAUCUCGCUCAACAACCAAUUGAUAUGCGACGUUAUGGUGGAUCCAAGUCUCGUGUUCCAAUUGUUGGUGUUCUUUUGGAAGGUGGGACACAAACAUUUCGUACUGUAUUUGAGUUAGUAACAGGUCGAAAUCCAGUGCCAAUUGUUGUUUGUGAUGGUAGCGGUCGUGCGGCAGAUCUUUUAGCAUUUAUGCAUCGUUAUGCAAACGAAGAUGGAGAUCUUAGUACACAAUUACGUGAUCAAAUGGUAGCAAAUAUAUCCAGAGCUUUUCAAAUUAGACGUUUCGAAGCUGAAGGAUUGUAUAGUGAACUGAAAUUAUGCAUGAAACGUAGACAUUUAAUUAGUGUUUUUCGUAUGGGUGAAGGAGACAGUGACGAAAUUGAUAUUACAAUAUUAACUGCUCUUUUACAAGUUUCAGGUCAAAAUCUAACACCAGCUGAACAAUUAUCACUAACUAUGGCAUGGAACAGGCCAGAUAUAGCACGUUCUAAAGUGUUUGCAAAAUUCAACAAUUGGUCUAAAACGACACUUGAAAAUGCUAUGGCUGAUGCUUUAUUAAAUGAUCGGUUGGAAUUUGUGCAGUUAUUACUUACUAAAGGAUUAAGAAUCCAACGAUUUUUAACUCGUGAACGUUUGGAAGAAUUAUAUAAUGUUGAUGUAAAUAACCAAUCUUUUCAUAAAUUAUUUGCAAAAGUUCUAGGAACGAAACAGAAAAUUACAUUGCGAUCAGUUGGACAAUUGAUUGAGAAUUUGGUCGGUGGCGGUUAUCAGCAUUCCUAUUGUAGUAAACCAUCCACAGCAGAUUUAAUGGGAUCACCUAAUCACGGUAACGGUUGGCUACCGAAUGUUAAUGUCACAUUUGCAAAUAAGCACGGUUCAACAGUUUCGGAACCAGUGGAUAGUAAAACUUCACGUUCAAGUAACAUUCUAAACAAUACAUCAGAUAAAUCGAUUCCACCUUGCACAUUAAAUCCUGGAUCAAUAUCUAACCUAAUCACUUCAAAAGAAUUAGUUACACAACACAUAACAAAUAUUAUCAAUCGACAACAUACUUCGCAACAACAUGUACCAUAUUCAACUUCAUCAAAUGAUAUUAAUCAAUCAAACCGAUACUUUCGUUAUCCCUAUACUGAAUUAUUACAAUGGACAUUGUUAACUCGACGUUUAGAUAUGGCUAAAUUCUUAGUUUUAGCUGGAGAAGAAUCCGUUGCUAAAGCCUUGUUUUCAGUGAAACUAUUACGCAGUAUUCGACAUGUUACUUUAGAUGAAGAAACCGAUAUUGAAUUGCUUAAUGAAUGCCGUUCACAUGAGCUUGCUUUGGAACGAUUGGCCGUUGAUUUACAAGAUCAUUGUUAUCGACACGAUCAAGAUCAAGCUAAACGUUUGCUCACAUAUGAAUUGCAAGCAUUUUCAAAAAACACAUGUUUAAGUUUAGCUUAUAUGUGUGAAUCCAAAGUGUUCAUUGGUCAUCCUUGUACACAGGCAAUAUUAAAUGAUUUAUGGUAUGGUGGUCUACGUAAAGGUGAUCUUGUCGGUGCUAAAGUAGCACUCAUAUUAAUUGGAUUAAUAGUACCACCAUUAUAUCCGUUAAUCGCAUUCUUUUUUACGAAAAAGAGUAAAUUUCUUGAAUUCAAAACUAAAGAAGAACUAGCUCAACAACCACAAACAUUACAAGAACAUUUGGACGAAUUAGAGGAUUCUUCAGAGUCAAGUUCCUCAUCGUCGUCAUCAUCCUCGUCGAGUUCCUCAUCGCCUUCCACUAGCAGACGAUCUUCUGUUUAUCAUCCUAACUUACCUAACGAAAAACAAUUAACUAAUGAAAAGUUUUUAUCAAAUCAUAAUGUAAGAAAAGAUAGUUUACUUGAUCAAGUACCAACAAUUAGAAUAAAUUCACCUGCACCAUCGGAUAAGUCAGAUAAACAAGUUCUUCAUUCACACAAUUCAAAUAAUGAUAUUGUAACAUCUAAAUUAUCAACUGAAAUUAAUCAACGAAACGAUCAUUUCGAAUCGAUAAAUAAUGUUCAUGAUUGGUCUCCAACUCGGAAAUAUCAUUCAGAAAGUACUGAUAAGCUUGACAAAACCGGUGUAUUAUCGAAUUUUCCAUCCUCAUCCAAUCAGCCAAUUAAUAAUCCUAUAGAUCACAAAAUUAACCAGCAGUUAAGCAAUAAACAAUACAUAUCAACUAAUCCUCAUACAAAAAAAGAACUAACAACACCGUCAACUUUCCACGAUCACACAGAUGAUGGUUUACCAUUUAAAUCUAGGAAAAAGCGUAUGGUUUCUGACAUCAUAAAUGCCAAUUUGCAAGCUGUUCCUACAGUAAAAACACUUCCAACAGAAAUGAAUUCAGCGCACAGAUAUCGUUGUGAACCGAAUUAUAAAUCAAUUUAUCCUUUGACAACUAUUAAAAAUCCUAAAUUAUCACAAUCUUCUAAUAAUUUAUCACAAACUAUUCCACAAUCAUUUAUUCAAGCACCAAAACAUAGUUAUCCAGAUCGUAAUAGUAAUGGUUUACAUCAUGAAUCUAGAAAUCAUAUACGUAAGCAACGUUAUACAUUCCAUCCAUAUUCAACAGCUUUAAAUACAUCUCAAAAUGCAGCUUUAGCCAGACAUGCAUUUCUGUUAAGAUCUAAUUUAGCUGCACUUAUUCCAUCAAAUCACUAUGCAUCAGUAGCUGCGUCCAAUGAUUUUCAGCAACGUCGUCGAUAUGAACGAAGAAGAAAUAGAGCUUACAGUAAUCCUGAUGAAAAUGAUACAAAUAAAAUUACACAAAAGAUAAUCAAUAGUAAAAAAUUAUCAACAACCAAUUGUGAUGUUGUUUAUGUAUCAUCAAUCCCAACCAUAACAACAAUAAAUCCAUCAAUAUUUACACAUAAUCAUCACAAUAAACAGAAUAAAUUGAAUUCUACAUUAAAAGAUCAUUCAUUCUCUUCAUUAAGUUAUCAUCAUCGUAAUGGACAAUGGAUACCGUGUGAUUUAUCAGUUGGAUAUGAUUUUCAAUCAACAAAUAAUCAUGGUUUACAAUUAUCAUGGCGUAAAAAAGUUUAUGAAUUUUUCAGUGCUCCUGUAACACGAUUUUAUUUACAUGUACUUUUAUACCUUGUAUUCCUUGUGUUAUUUAUUGGUCUAUGCAUUCAUACUCUACCACCGGAUACAUUUUCGUUCUUGGAACUUUAUGUUUAUUUACACAUUUUAACGUAUUGGUUAGAUAAAUUUCGUGAGGUUACACUUAAUCCAGGUGCAACGUACAUUCAAAAAUUUGUAGUUCAUUUAAGUGCAUUUUGGAACAGUUAUGAUAUGAUCAUGUGUUUGUUAUCGAUUACUGGUAUUAUUCUACGUUAUUAUGGUAUAGUUAAUCAAAGUUAUUAUAUGUGGGGUAAAAAUCUCCUAAUUAUAUGUUGUUCAUUAUGGCAAAUGCGUUUUCUUGAAUUAAUGCAAAUUUGGCGAUUUUCCGGUCCAUACAUUUAUAUGCUGGUGAAAAUGGUUCGUCUAAUGAUUCCUAUGCUUUCACUACUGUUUCUCCCACUGUUGGCAUUUGGUACAAUACGUCAAGGAAUUAUGUAUCCUAAACAUACCAAUGUAAAUCUUGAAGCUGUUAAAGGCAUUAUGCUUAAACCAUAUUUCAUGUUAUAUGGUGAAGUGUAUGCUGGUGAAAUAGAUCCUAUUGAUUGGCCCAGUGAGUCACAGUCUGCACCAUUUUUAGAAAUUGUACCAAUCGCAACAGUGAUAUAUCUGUUAUACUCCAUUAUUCUAUUUGUCAACGUUGUUAUUGCUGUAUUCAAUGAUAUAUUUGCUAGAGUACGUCAACAAUCUGAAUUAGUUUAUAAUUAUCUACGAUAUGCAGUGAUUAUUGAAUAUGAAUCUAGACCAUUGUUACCACCACCGUUUAUUAUUAUCUCUUGGAUUUAUAUGUCUAUACGUAAUAUAUACCGAAUUCGUAAAAAGCGUCGAGCAUCUAAUCAGUCUAAUACACUAAAUCCUAAUAAUCUAUCUGAUGUACAAAAGCAAACAAAUCAAAAUGGUAAUAAUAAUAAUAACAAUAAUAAUCCAAAUUCUCCAUCGAAAUAUGAUUCACGAAAUCGUCGAGAUAAUAAUGAACCUCAAGAUAUAUUGAUUGACCCAGCGACUACGGAAUUAUCGGCUGGUCUAAAACUAUUUCUAAAUCCAGAUGAAGUUGAAAAAUUGCAUGAUUUUGAAGAAGAAUGUGUGGAGGACUAUACACGUGUUACAAGAAAAGCUGAAUUACACAAAGCUGAAGGUCAAGUCGAAAUAUUAAAUAAAAAAAUUGAUCACUUACAAUUUCGAAUGGAUGAAAUCCAUGUAAGACAACGUCAUUUACGUGGUUUAGUUCAUUUAGUUGAAGAACAUCUAGUCUGUAUGGAGGAUAAUCUACAUACAACAGGAGUGAUAAGUCCAUCACCAGGAAUUAUUCAUCAUCAAUAUAAUACUAAUGAUAUGGAACAUCUGACAAUGACAACUUCAACAACAACAACAGUAAACAGUCAUGAAAUACCUUCCAAUUCCAUUGUAAAUAAUUCAAAUGAAAAAGAUAUGAUAUUCACUUCUAGUUUAUUAUGGUUACUUAAACGACAAAUAGCUCAAGAUUCAGGAACUACUUCAAAUGAGAAUAUUGAUUAUCCACAACAGUUGGCUCGUUCACUUGUAUCACAACUUGGACGGCGUUCACGCGUACCUACUGGAUCAUUUAGUUCACGUCAGCACCAAAAUCACUUAGAUUCAGCGUUUGAAAGGUCACCAACUUGUUCAGUCCGUAUGAAACAUCGUAACGGUCGUACAGAUCAUAGACAUUCGUUACCUACAUUUGAAUACCUUUCUUUCCCUCAUUCAGAAGGACAUUGUCAUGGAUCAUAUUACGAUCGAAUGCAUGAACGUGGUCGUAAUCGUUUUCCUACUAAUCGUAUCCAGCACGGAUCUUAUCGAGCACCAGAUCUAACUUAUCGUGAAUAUACAACCAUCUGUGAUGAUAUAGAUCUUUCUUGUUUAAGUUAUCCUAACAGUCCAAUUAUGAGUCCUAAUGGUUCUCGAAUAGAUCUUACAAGUGUUGGUCCUAUACGAAAUACAAAUUUACCAACAGAUACUACUUUGAUUAAAACUAAAGAAUAUUUACCGAUACCGAAAUAUCAAAAUAUUCCAUUCGUACCAAUUGAAAAUAUAACGAACAGUUCAGUUAAUCAAAUUAUUUCUUCCUGUAUGACUACUGAUUCUAAUACUGUUAUUAAUACCAUCUCGAAAGCAUCUAUAGAACCUAAAUCUGCUCCAGCUACCCCGAAAGAAGAACGUGCAUUAUUAUUUCAAUCACCGAUAAUGGAAAAUGGUACACAACGAAGUCAAUCGCUUGCAACUUUACAUACCAACACAAAGUCUAUUGAUCACCAUUCACUUAUGCCUACCAAACAAUAUACAAGUUAUGAUACAAAUUUACACUUUAUCAACCCCGAACUCUAUCCAUAUACUCAUAUUUUAACGAAUAAUAAUACUAAUCAUAAUGUAAAAACAACGAAAAAUUCCAUAGAUAUACAAAAUUUCAUUGUGGAUUUAAAAAAUUAUACACAAGAUAUGAGUAUUGCUAAUGAAAACUAUAUCAUGGAUGAUCAUCGGGAUAACAAUGAAUAUGUUGAUGGUGAUGACAAUGUUAAUAAUAUUGAUGAUGAACACAACAGACGAAAUGUUGAAGAUCAAGAUAAUAAUCUUGAUGAAGAUGAAAAUAUGGAAGAGAUGGAAGAUGAGAUUGAUGAAGAUGAUAGUGAUGAUGAUGACGGUGAUGACGAUGACAAUGAUAAUGAUCUAGAAAAUAAAGAGAGAAAAAUUCAAUUAGGUCUUCAAGAAGCUGAAAAUGCAGAACGCAUUGAACUUCAAGGUGCUAUGCUUAGACGAUUACGCAAAUUAUCUACUUCAGUACCAAGUAAACCAUGUCAUUUAUCCGGUGUUAAUAACUCUACUGCUAGCCAUCUUGAUAAACAUAAUAAUGUUAAAAUUAUUACACAUGGAUUCAACCAAAUUAACUCUCAAAAAACUUCUUGCUGGAAUACAGAAACUCUACCGGAUUCCACUGAAAAAUCACCAACUAUUGGACAUACACAUGAAGUUGGAUUGAUUAGUUCGGAAGAUAUGGGUGAUUUUUUAUCACAUGUUGCUAAUGAAGAGGAAGCGGUUGAUCCAGACUUAGAUCUAGAUUUUGACUCAAUUCCUCACGAGUCAUCAUCAUUAUCAUCAUCUGGUAUACGAUCAUAUGUUGAAUCCCCUGUAGAACAAGCGGAUACAUCGUUAAAUUUAAAUGACGACAUUGAAUUGAUCAGUCGAAAUUUACGAUCAUCAUCUGGUAUGAAUACCGUUAUUGACGAUAAUGACGAUGAUGAUGAUGAUGCAUCUUUAUCACCUCCAUUGAAUUCAUUGACUACCGAUAAUACAAUUAGUAAUAAUAAUAAUAACAAUAAUAAUAUUCAGUUAUCAUAUCCAAGUCCUAUACUUGAGGAAAAGGAAGAAGAGGAAGCGGAAGUAGAAGAAGUAUAUACCGACAAUAAUGUUGUUGAUGAUAACCAUCAUUAUGAAGUCGAGGUACCAAGAAUGACAAAAUCUCUCUAACUUAGUAUAAGUACACAGACUAACUUACAGGAUUUGUCUUUUCAAUUAUGUUGUUUUCUUUUUGAAAAGAAAAGUUUGUCAAAUUUACAUA